CUAACCCUAUGCAGUUUAUCCUCAACGUAAAAAAAGAGAGAGAGAGAGGAAAAAAAAAAAGGAGAGAGAGAAAGAAAAAAAACAAAAACGCUUCCAGGGGGGAAGUGUAGAUCUCCUAGUGAACACCAAGUGGAUCUCUCUGUGGAUAGAUACUGUAAGAUCACCAGGCAACCAUGGAAGAACUUACAGCUUUUGUAUCCAAAUCGUUUGAUCAAAAAAGCAAGGAGAGCUGUGGCAGUGGUAGCAACAAAAAGGAGUCAAUCACGUACAGGGAAGUUUUGGAGACUGGCUUGGCUAGGGCAAGGGAGCUGGGGAACUCUGAUUCUAACCUCCAGGACAUUACAGAGAACAGCAACCACUGCCCUCUUCAUCUGUUCAAAGAGCAUGGGGACAGUGACAAGGACAAACUGAAAGAUUACAGCACUGGAAGGGUCUCCGAAGGGAUCUAUGAGUGCAAAGAGAAGAGGGAAGAUGUGAAGUCUGAGGAUGAAGACGGACAAACCAAGCUAAAGCAGAGGAGAAGCAGAACUAAUUUUACAUUAGAACAGUUAAACGAGCUUGAAAGACUGUUUGAUGAGACUCACUAUCCUGACGCCUUUAUGAGGGAAGAGUUGAGUCAGAGGCUUGGGCUGUCUGAAGCCAGGGUCCAGGUUUGGUUUCAGAACCGAAGGGCAAAAUGUAGAAAACAAGAAAAUCAAAUGCAUAAAGGUGGGUAUGGUGUUAUUCUGGGAACGGCGAGUCACUUAGAAACUUGCAGAGUUGCUCCUUAUGUGAACAUGGGCGCUCUGAGAAUGCCUUUCCAACAGGUCCAAGCUCAGUUACAGUUGGAAGGAGUUGCCCAUGCACAUCCUCAUCUUCAUCCACAUCUUGCUGCCCAUGCUCCCUACCUGAUGUUUCCACCCCCACCUUUUGGACUUCCAAUUGCCUCUCUGGCAGACACAGCGUCUGCUGCAGCUGUAGUAGCGGCCGCAGCUAAAAGCAACAGCAAAAACUCCAGUAUUGCUGACUUACGACUCAAAGCCAGGAAACAUGCUGAGGCUUUGGGACUUUGACAAUUUGGUCACUGCAAACUGAAUUCCUUAUUUCCUUUUCCAGCUCUAUGAGACUCUACAGGCACCAAAUGUGUUGGUAAAAUACUUUUAAAGAAUAUAAAAAACAUUACAAAUUAUUAAUGGGCCUACACCCAUUCAUCAUGAAGAUCCAUAAAAUGAAUGGAAGAGUCUUUCAUUAAAGGCACCGUUUGGGUCAGUUUAUUGAACUGAAGUUAAACUUGAAGUUAACAAUUCUCUUUUUUUUUUGUAUCUUUAUGGUCACACUGAUUAUGGACUUAAAUAAUACAAAAACAAUUAAAUGAAAGAAAAAGACAAUCCUUAUAUCACUUGGACUAACAUCAAGAUGAAGAGGAUGGUGAAGUUGAGAAGAAACUAGCUUUUUUUGAUCCAUAAAAUAAAGCUAACAUGACGUCACAUCGUCUGCUUUCAGAUUUGCUAAGAUUUAGCUGUGCAUGUGUCUAAGCAAACCAGUUUGGAAAUCACAUAACUUUAUAAAUAUAUAGUAGAUAACAAAUCACUGGGGCUGGUCUCCGUUAAACUAGAAUUUCUUUGUUGCCUAAGGUAUGAUUUCACUGCCAUGAAAAUCUUCUCUCAAUGAUGCAGAAAAAGUCUCUCUCUACACAACGGAGAUACGUGAAAAAAUCUGUAUUAUGCUAAAUGACCCACUUGCGAAAGCAGGCAGCAAUAAUUCUUUGUGUUUUUUUUUCUUUUGUCUCCAAUGGUCACAUUUAAAAAAGAAAAGAAAAAAUACAGUAUAGACCUUUUAUUGAUUAUAAUCUCUGGAAGAAAAAUUAAAGGCAUUUUCAUAGCGACAGUGAACUAUUUAAUAUAAUGUUAUGCCAUACACCUUGUGCUAUUGUUUGUUAACACACAUCAUACCCAAAAUACAAAAUGGUAGAUUUGGAAACCCUUGCAAUAUUAACUUAUUGGUAUGAGAAAGAAACUGGACCACUGGUGUCAAGAAAUAAUAUUGAUGCAGCACCAAUUUUAGUGAAAUGCAAUUAAGUGCUGUAAAGUGCAAUACUGUAAAUAUUAUAGUUUUAAAGAUUGAGAUGAAUCAUUCAGAUGUUGAUACGUAAGCUUGUGUUCACCAAGGAAUAGCCUUCUGAGCUAGACCUUGAGUGAUGCAGUUCAUUGCCAAAAUGAGUGUAACUCAUAGAAAUGGAUUAAAUAAUAUUAUGUCUCCAUUGAAUAAAGACAGAUGCCAUGGAUUUAUAAUGCAGUCAAGGUGCCAUAUUAUUCAAAAUUAAGCUAAAAAUCUGGCAUGCUGGUCUUUUUCUAUUUGCCAAGAUGUUUUUAAAUAAAGCAAAAAAAAAAUGAAUAAAAAUAAAAUAGCAUCAAAUUAUUUUGAGGUGGACAAUGCAGAAUGAGACCCUUGUUUGAAAAUGCUGGUUGCAGUAAGUGUCAUAGAAAAUAAGGAAUUUUUGUUUAAACAAAUACCAAAGUGAAGUGUUUAAAUUUUGUUUUUGUAUUUUUAUUAAUUUUAUUUCUUUAUGGCUCUUUUUUUGUUCUUUUUUGUUUUUUAGAACAUACUAUGAUUUGCUUAUGGGUAAUCCAACAUUGGUCCUGUUUACCUCUAAAAAAACAUAGUACAACUGUAAUACAGAACGCAAAUACCAAGUAAUCACUGUCAUUACUUUGCAAUUUGUGUUCAUUGCAUUCAACAGAGACAUACCAUUCUUUUUUUUUCCUUUGUAAUAUAUGUGGAUGUUUUAUUUAUUAUUGUGUUUGAAAUUUUAUAAAUGUGUAAUAUUAUAAUUAUGUUGAGUGUAAAUUUUACAAUGCUUUGCAUUUAUUUUUAUAUUUUAAAAACCGUUGCUUUUGCAAUAUGUUGCGGGUUGUGAGCCUGAUUUGCAGUUUUUUUCUUUUUUUUUUCCGUACACUCAUACAGAUGUAGCCCAUGUUACUGUACCGUGUCAUAUAGUCUGACGCAUCAAAAAUUUCAUUUUACAUAGCAUGCAUUGCAUUUUGUUGCAGUAGAAAUUGCACAAUGGAUUGCAACUGCUUAUUCACUGUUAAUAGCUUAUUCAUGUCAUAUGAAGUGGGACAAUAACUUGGGCUACAUAUGUAUAAAUAGUGUGUCUGAAUUACCAGACAUUUCAGGGAUCACAGAUAUGAAGAAUUAUAGCCUGUUAAAAACCAACUGUUCUUAAACGUUGCACCCCAUUUUCAUAUUGCAAUUCUCUAUUAGUUAUCAUUGCCAAAUUGCCAUACCAGCAUGCUUCCAGUCAGAUUCACAAAACAUGUUCCAUUCAGUUUGAGAGAGAAUUUUGUUAAUCAAACAGUAUGACUGUACAUCUCGUACAACAAGUGGAAUAUUAAUAAACUUAUAAAUAUUUA